AUGCCGACCACGCGCUCGCAGGCGGGCCGGCGUCGCUACGGCCUUCGCUCCAGUACUGCUUCCAACGAUAUCAACUACGCGGAUCUAAACUCACGAGGAUUUGACCCAGCUCCGUCGUCGACUGCCGCUUCUGCCGCUCCCGCCGCUGCCAGAGGCGCUCGCCAAGGCGGCAGGGCUCGCGUUCGUGGCCCAGGAGCUACCGCCCGCGCCGCAGGGAGUGCUGCUCCGCGAGCCUCUGCGAGAAACAUAGCGGGAAAUACUCGUCAGGGUAAUACCAAGAAGAGGUCUCGAGGCAGUGACGACGAAUCUGAUGACGAAGACGGAAGUGAUAGCGGCGCUUCAGUCAAAAGAUCGGAUAACUCCAGCAGCUCGGCAGAGCCGGCCAAGCCCAAGCCCAAGGGCACGAAGCGCGGACGAAGCGUCGACAGUGAUGGUGAAUUCAGCGCUGGAUCGUCUUCCUCGCGACGCCAGCGCAAGAAGGCUCGUGCGGACGAUGCCGAGCCCUCCUCUGAGUCUGAAGAGCGCGGCGAGAAAGGCGGCGUAGCAGAGGAUGAGAUGGCAGAUGCGUCCGGAGAGGAGCAAGACAGCUUCGAGGACGCAGAGGAGGGACCAUCACAUGUCGAUGAGACCAUGGAUGAUGCCCCCCGAGAGGAGCAGCAAGGCAAUUCCGAGGAACAAGUGCAGAAACCAUCACAGGUCGAUCAGACCAUGAAUGAUGCCCCCCCGGCGGGUAACCCCCAUGACGCGUCUGACUCCGACGACGAUGAUCUCUACUUUGUCACUCCUAGAGAGUCCCCAGAGCGCGACGUCGAAGGUGACAACGCGUCCCGCGGCUCCGGAAGGUCCUCUCGUCGUGGACGGCAGCCCACGCCGGGCGAUGGCCCAGACGACGACUACGUCCAGGCGGAUGCCUCCGGUGAGAGUGAUAACGAUAAUGAUGACGACGAGUAUGACGAAGAAGAAGAAGACGAGGAGCUCUUCGGACCCCCCUCCAAGCCCAAGGCAAAGGGAAAGGCCAAGGCCAAGGCAAAGAGCAAGCCUGCGGCGAAGCCCGCCAAUACGACGGCCACGGCGACGACUUGGGCACCGGCACAGAACAACACUCCAGCCGUGAGAGGACCCUCGGCCUUUAACCCAUCGCAGGCGACUCGGGCACCGCCUGGCUUCAGUCUUGCGCCCACGGCCGGCCAGUUGAUUCUCCCAGUCCCAGCUGCACCAGCUUUGGGCGUCACCACUACCGCCACAUCGCAGCCAGUGCAAGCCCAGGCGGGACCUUCUCACAGCGGCGGACAAGCCUCUUUCGCACGGCAGAGCACCGCUGUAGUACAGACUUGGGGUUCGACUGCAAACACAGGUCAACAGCAGCAACUUGUUCGUGCAGAAAGAAAGACCAGGAGGCAGACCGUCACAGAUGGCAACGCUCGGCCCUGCCGGCACUGCCGCAACGAGGGCGCGGAGCAAGCACAGAUAAUUCCCUGCGACUGGUACAUGGUAUCCUCGUACAAGGUCGAGUGCACCAACUGCGCCAACUACCGCAAGGCCGGCCACCCGGGCCACGGCUGCAUCACGCUCCGUCUCCCCGAGGCGUGGCAUCGGUACGCGACCGACGACCCCGUCGGGUUCGACCCCACGGCCUGCGACGGAUGCAUCCAGGCAGGCACCAGCUGGUCCUGCGACGUGGACACGACCCUCAACUACGCCUGCACCAACUGCAAGUCGGAGAAGCGGUUUAUGCCCCCUCCACCACCGCAGCCGCCCGCCACGGAUGAGACGACGGGCGAGUCCAGCCAGCAGGUGAAGCGCAGGGAGCGGGUCAAGGGCGGCAAGACGGAGAAGCGCUGCUUCGUCCAGGGCAUACCGAUGCUGAAGCCGCCGAACCCCCGUCAGGGAUACAGGCGAUGGUAUCGUCACAUGUGUGACGGCUGCCGCAAGGUUGCAGGAAACGGUCAGAAAAAUGGCACUCCUUGCACCUGGCUCUCCGACAGGACUACCUGGGACGAGCCUUGCGAACAGUGCAAGGCCAAGGGCAUCCCCUGCACGGCCAACUCGAUCCCCAUCGGCUCCGUCCCUCAGGUCAUCCUCUUCAACCAGCCAGCCAAGUGGACCGUCACCAUCACCAUGGCGCCCGGCUGGAUGGACUUGAGAAGGAACUCGCCGGGCCGUCGCCAAUGCUUUGCCUGCCGACGAGACGAUGGACAUUGCCGUUCGCUACUAGGUUAUCCUGAUUCCGCUUGCAACCAUUGCUUUCAGCUUGGUUUAGACUGUUUUGACCACGGGGCGGCAGACAAUUCUACAUUCCAUUCUCUGUUCGACCUCAGCAGAGUCGGGUUCGGGAAGCAGAUGCCAUACCGCAUUUGCGCCAGGUGUCUGGAGACAGGACGGAACUGCGACAAGCAGCGUCCCUGCGAUUCCUGCGUGCAGAACGGAGAGGAGCACCUGUGUGACGCCUACGACGACAGCCAUCAGACGUUCAACGGCCGCGUCUCGCCGGGGCCGGGCGCCCUGUAUUAUCUGGCACUCGGAUACGGCCCCGAGGGAGUAAACGACGUCAAGAGCGGGAUGAGGCUGUGCCACUGGGUCGGCCCCGCGUAUCCUUGCUACGGCGUGGACCCCAACCGGACCGACACAAACUACGAGACCAAGACGUGGUCGGCGCUGCUGCUGCGUCGCUACAUGAUGCCCGGCGGCGUGCCUCCCUUUGGCGGGCCCAACGGCCGCCUCUUCAACCGCCUGCCCAGCGGCAUCCAGGCGCACGAGCUCGACCAGUGGGUGCUCGAGGGCUGGCCGACCGCCCACCUCAUCAUGCAGGAGCACAAGAUCCACGAGCUCCUCGCCUGGGCCCGCGAGACCGAGUUCAGGAAGGGCGAGUCGGCGCGCCGCUCGCAGGUCCGCCGCCUGAAGCACAUCCGCCCGCCCCCCGAGGGCAGCGGCGACGAGGACGACGACGAUGAGGAUGGUGGUGACGGUGGUGGUGGUGGUGACGGUGGCGACGAUGAUGCUCCUCUUCCCCCUGCCGGCCAGCCGCCACGAAAGAAGAGCAAGUCCUCUGCUGCGCGCAAAGGCUCUACGUCCAAGACGUCUGCUACGCCCAAGAAGGGGAAAUCGACCAAGAAGUCGGCCACCACCGCGACCGCCCUGACGUUUCCGAGCUCGGCACAGCAGCCCGCCGCAAAGAGCGCCACUACGCAGACGGCUCAGCAGCAGCAGCAGCAGCAGCCCGGCGGCGGCAGACGGAUCGUGAACAGUAUCCAGCUGCUGAUGCAGGCCCAGGCCCAGGGCCAGCGUCUGCCGUCACAGACGUUGGCAUCCCAGGUCCAAGCCGAGCAACUGCAGCAACUGCAACUGCAACUGCAACAGCAGCUGCAACAGACUAUAUCAUUCCAGCCGGCACCAGCCAGCAGCUCUGGCCUCACUCCUUUGCAAGCAGCGUCCACGGUCCUCGAUUCUCUCCUCGCGCCGCCCAGCAGCAGCGUCGUCGGCCAGGAGUCCGAGGGAGGACAAGAAUGGCAGCCUCCGGCGACCUCGAGCGAGUACUUUUCCGACAAUCAGCCCAUCUCGUUUGACUUUGAUCUGGGCGAUGACUUUCCGACGGUUGACGCAACCACCACUACUGUCAACAACAACAAUAACAACGACGUCAACACUGCCGUCCCCCCGGCCAACCCCCCGGCCGAUGCUGAGAGUCCGAUGCGACCCGUCUUUUCUGACGAGGCUUUCGAGCGCUGGUAUAAUGGAGGGGUCACCCCCGUUGCCGAAAACCCACCCCCGACGACGCAGCAGUUGUUUGGAACCGCCGAGGAGGCAUACGACGUCCCUGUGGUGUUGCAGCAGGACCAACAACAGCAGCAGCAACAGCAGAUCCAGCAGCAAUACCCCGUUGCCGACCAGCCUGCCAACUUCCAGCUGCAGCUGCCCUUCCUGGACGCCAUGGACAACGCGGCCUACCAGCUCCCAUUCACAGGCACGGCACAGAAUCCUCUUGAUCAGACGGCCGCGUUCAACGCGCAGAGCUCGCCCUGGGUGCAGCAGACGCCACAGGCAAACGCAUCCGACUGGAGCGCCAGCAUGCCGCCUCCGCCUCUACCCGGCUCCGUCGCGCAGCAACCCGCGGCAGCUCCAGGUCAGGCACCGCCCCGACGCCUACAACCUUCGCAGGGAAUGCCGCCGCCACCGCCGCCGGCCCGAGGAGGACUGUUUGCGCCCCAACAGCAGCAGCAGCAGCAGCAGCAGCAGCAGCUGGCGUACGACAGCUUCACGACCCGCCAGGCGUCCAUGCAGAGCAUCGGCACCGAAGGCAGCGACGGCAUCGAGCCCUCGCUCAUCAACCCCAGGGCCGUGGCGAACGCGGAGCCCACGCUCAUCGACCGGGACCUCCCUAGCGACUUUUUGCAGAGCACCGUCGAGAGUCUGGACUUUGACUUCAGCGAGGUGAAUGAUGUCAUCAUGGCCGACUUUGACGACGUCGGGCUCGCGCAGCAGGCUGUGCAGCAGUUGCAGCAGCAGCCGCAGCCGCAGGGCCAGGCGGAGACGGUCGAGACCGAUGAGAUCAGAUACGAGGACUUCCUACACCUUUCUCCCUCCCCUCCGGAGCAGCAGCAGCAGUAAGCGGCCCGGAUUCACAGCCACGUCCCGGAGGCGACUCGGCGCAUUGUCGAGCCUGGACGGGCCACGGACGCACGUCGACCUAGGGGACCAAACGGGUAAGCGAGUGACAGAGGCAGGGAAGCUGCUGUGAAUGUAUUGUUUUGGAGUAUUGGACAGGGACAGCCCCCCCGUGCAUGUAUGUAGUGGUUGAUCCAUUCGGACAUGGGGCAAACGCUGAGGGACAUGUACUAUAAAUUCUCCUGUUUUUCUCUUGUUUUCGUCUUCUUUGUCUUUUUUCCCCUUUCGACUCUGUUUUUAUCAUUACGACGCCGCUGUCCUCCCGGCGAGACGACAUACGACGCGGCCAUGAUACUUUAUUUUUUAACUAUCGACGACUAACAUACAACACAUAACGAACGGAUGAAUACGGUCAUACAAGAGGGGUGGGCACACCAACAAAACGAUGCCGCCACCACCCGAGAUGACUAUACGAGAGACGACUAAUACAUGAAAACGAAAAACCCGAACACAAUGAGACCCCGCGCGCCGCACAUAUUGGGCAGCGGGUCGGCUUUCUCUCCGGUCUUACGGAUCGACUUGUUGCGAGAGAGCAAUGUAACGCACCGUCUGCUCUUUUCUUUCUUUUUUUUUUUCCCUUGUGUUCAGCGAAGCCCGGGCUGGACAUGACACCGGCAGGAUAAUGACAUUGGGGGACGGCGAAUGGGGAUAAAUGCGAUGGUGUGGAUUUUUGGCAUCGUCAUGGCCGCAAGCGUGCUCGGCUUUUGAGAGGUAAUACGAGAUGAGAUGGAUUUUGGCAUCGCGGCGGCGUAAACUGUUUUUUCAUUCUGGAGUUACGGGUUGAUGAUGGGGAGGAGGGAUGUACAUUGGAGACUGCGCAAGCUGUCCAUUUCGGAGUUUGGGUAACGGCAAGAUAUUGCAUGAAGAUGGCGCAAGCCGUCCAUUGGGCGUUUAUUUGGUACAGCACAGGAACCGGGGGGGGGACCGGUCAUUGCAUCGAUGGGCGGGUGACGGGCGGACGGGCGCGAGCUAUCGAGGUCUGGUUGCCUCCUCGUUUGGCGUUUAUAGGGAGCGUUUGUCAAAGAUACCUACCUUGUCUGUUUUUCAUAUCAACCCGUUGUGGUAGAGACAACUUGCUUGCUUGCCC